AUUAAAGAGCUCCUUGCAAGAAAUCCAUUCAAAAUUCUGGUGGCCCACCUUCGUGGACUUUUUCGCGUUUACGAGUGAAGGAACUACGAUACUUGGUCUCGAAUCGAAAUCCCCAUUCACACCCGCCUUCCCGUUCAAUGUAACGUUGUCUAAUUCAAUUAAGCUUCUCUUUAAUCCCUUGAUUUGGGCUUCAAGAUAUAUAUUUUUUAGUUGGUAAGCUGAGCUGUAGCUGCCGUGUGGGGAUAUUCUCUUCAUUUUCAAUUUUGGGAGCUUGUUUGGAGGCAUUCCAUUAACAGAAUUCUCUCACAAUCUUGCAAAAACGGGGAAUUCGUUGUGUUUCAAAGCUGAAUCCCUCUGCGAUCAGACUGGUUACAUAUCCUCGAGUACAUGUUUGCAGUUUCAGAGCUGUGGUUUAAAAUUGACUAACCUUGAAGAGGACUCAUUCGCGUUCUCCGAAUGUUGCUGACGUUUUUACCUUUGCUAAAAUCUGUGAAGUAUCUCGUUCGGCUGUCUGAAAUUCAAAUAAGCGUUGCUGGGAGGGCGAGAUUGGCUGCUUUUUGACCCUUUUUCUCUGAUUAAUUUAAAGUAGAGAAAUCAAUUUCAUUAUCUAGGACUUUCAGAUAGGAGUAUUGCUUUUACACUUUUUUAAUGUUUCUCAAGUAUUCUCCCUUUGUGAAAAUGCAGUCCAAUAAUUCCCAAUGAAGUGCUUUUUAUUCCACUGCGGAGAUAAGAAGGAUAAUCCGAAGAGCAUUAAGUCAAUUUCGGGUCUGUCCAACAGUUCCAUAUAUGGCGAGGGUGAUCUGAGAAGAUCUGGCUCUGAAUUAAAUUCUCAGAAUGUUUCCGACAAUAGCAAUGACUCCCUUAGGAGAAAUUCGUUUCCCAGUCUGUCUCAAAGACCCAGCAACCUGAGAGUGUUUACGGUCUCUGAACUGAAAUCAGCCACAAAAAAUUUUGGCCGCACUGUUAUGAUUGGAGAGGGUGGGUUUGGCUGUGUCUACAAGGGAUUGAUCAAGGGUUUAGAGGACUCAUCCAGAAAAACUGAAGUUGCAGUUAAACAACUUGGUAGAAGAGGAAUGCAGGGCCAUAAGGAAUGGGUGACAGAAGUGAAUGUUCUGGGCAUUGUUGAGCACCCUAAUCUUGUGAAACUUGUGGGUUACUGUGCUGAUGAUGAUGAAAGAGGAAUCCAGCGGCUUCUGGUUUAUGAAUAUAUGCCCAACAGAAGUGUGGAACACCAUUUAUCCCCCCGAUCGGAGGUCCCUCUCUCAUGGAGUAAGAGGUUAAAAAUAGCUCAGGACGCAGCUCGUGGCUUAACGUAUCUUCAUGAAGAAAUGGAUUUUCAGAUAAUCUUCAGAGAUUUCAAAUCUUCCAAUAUCCUUUUGGACGAUCACUGGAAUGCAAAGCUUUCUGAUUUUGGAUUGGCAAGAUUGGGCCCAUCUGAAGGGUUAACUCAUGUCUCAACAGCGGUUGUAGGAACAAUGGGAUAUGCAGCUCCUGAAUAUAUUCAAACUGGACGCCUUACAUCAAAAAGUGAUGUGUGGAGCUAUGGUGUAUUUCUCUACGAACUCAUCACCGGCAGGCGUCCUGUGGAUCGAAAUCGUCCCAAGGGUGAACAAAAACUCUUGGAAUGGGUGAGGCCAUACUUAUCAGAUGGGAAAAAAUUUCAACUAAUACUGGAUCCAAGGCUUGACAGGAAACCCCUCUUCAAGUCAGCACAGAGACUUGCCAUUAUAGCUAACCGAUGCUUGGUCAAAAACCCGAAGAAUCGCCCAAAAAUGAGUGAGGUACUGGAAAUGGUGAAUCGACUUGUGGAAUCUUCUACUGCCACUAGUCCACAGAUACCCUUGAAGAAUUUGGCAGCUGCCGAAGUUUCUCAGGGAACUGAAAAGAAGAAGAGAAGGAUCAUGGAUCUGAAACCUGGAGAAAAUAGUUGGUUUGUUUGGUUGUGGAGACCAAAGCUUUUAAAAGUAUGUUGAUUGUUAACAGCUUGAAGACAAUUAUCUAAUCAGGGGCAAGGCUUACUUUGGUGCAAGAAUCAUUUAUGAAUUCAAAGCCAUCGCAGGAGAAUGAUGCUCGACCUUUCCAAUUCAGCAAUUCUCCUCUAACGAUGGGUAUAAAGAUUUUGGCUUGUGCAACAAUUUGAAGAAAUUUUGGGAAAGCUAUUGACGAAAUUAACAAACGAUUUAUGAAUUUCAAGGGAAACACAUGGAUCAUGGCUUGGUGUUCUGGUUCUGGGCUAGGUCAUGUGAUGAUACUGAGAAUUGUAAAAUGCUACGGUUGGAGUUACUGAGUGAAUGCAUUUGCUGACAUGCAUAUAGUAAUUUUACCGCUUCAUGAUGUAGUUGAAGUUAAUGAUACGUGAUUGAAUAUAAUUGACGGUCAUAGACUGAAGCUAGAAAGCGAGCUGCUUUGUAAAUGUAUGUAUGAAAUGUAUGACAAUAAGCCGCAUGAAAACAA